CUGCCCGGAACCGGAAGUGGACCUCGAGGCAGGAGGAGGAAGCCGGCGGCGGCCCCGUCAGCAGCCGGCUGCUGGGGGGCCAGUAGGCGGCGGCGGUCCCGAAGGGCGGCGGCCGCGCUGCUCCUUGCGAGCCGGUCCCGCGCGGGGGCGGGCGGCCCAAGGGCUCGGCGCCAUGAAGCUGUACAGCCUCAGUGUACUCUACAAAGGCGAUCUCAAAGCGGUGCUACUCAAAGCCGCAUACGACGUGUCUUCCUUCAGCUUCUUCCAGAGGUCCAGUGUUCAGGAAUUCAUGACCUUCACAAGUCAACUGAUUGUGGAGCGCUCAGCGAAAGGCACCAGAUCUUCUGUCAAAGAACAAGAGUAUCUGUGCCAUGUCUAUGUCCGGAAUGACAGUCUUGCAGGCGUGGCCAUUGCUGACAAUGAAUACCCAUCCCGGGUGGCCUUUACCUUGCUGGAGAAGGUACUAGAUGAAUUCUCCAACCAGGUGGACAAGGUGGACUGGCCAGUAGGAUCCCCUGCCACAAUCCAUUACGCAGCCCUGGAUGGUCACCUCAGUAGAUACCAGAACCCCCGAGAAGCUGACCCCAUGAGUAAAGUGCAGGCUGAACUAGACGAGACCAAAAUCAUUCUGCACAACACCAUGGAAUCUUUGUUAGAGCGAGGUGAGAAGCUGGAUGACUUGGUGUCCAAAUCCGAGGUGCUGGGGACGCAGUCUAAAGCCUUCUAUAAAACUGCCCGGAAACAAAACUCCUGCUGUGCAAUCAUGUGAUGCAGCCCGCAGAGGCCCAGUGCUGGAACGUCACCGUCAUUCACAUCUGAACCGCAGCCCCCAGAAAAGAAGAGACAGCCAUAGACAAGGACCCGGAGUGGGGGCAGACUGGCCACUUUUUAUUUCGGAGUUUCCGGGAAGAACUGAGGGAUGGUGAAAGGGUUGGGGACCGUUCAAAUUCAUGUCUGGUAGAGACUUUUGGAAAGAAUUUGAGGCCCCCAGAAGUGUAUUUUUGGGUAAAUGAAACCAUAAACUCUUGAGUGGCUCUUGUA